GGAAGCACAGAGACACAGAGGGGUGUGUGUGUGAGUGUGUGAGUGUGUGUGUGCGUGUGCAUGUAUGUGUGAAAACACUGCGCAUGUGUGACUGUGAGGCGCACUGACUGGAGCGAACGGAGCGGGAGAAGAAAAAGAGGUAAUGAACGGCAGCUGAGACGGGAGGUCGGAUAACAACGGAGGAGAGGGAAACAACACGACGACAGCUUUUACCUGAGGACCAGAAGACGAGAAGGAAGAGGAGACGGGCGUACGUGGAGAGGAAUACGGCGCCGGAGCUCAGGCCGCUGCACAGAACACGCUGAACAAUCUGGGGGCUUAGCGAGAGAGAGAUGGAGAAAGAGAGACCUGAGGGAGACGCUCAGCCACUGCCCGGCGGAAAGGAGUCUCGGGUGAGAGAGUGAAGGACAAAGGUAGCAGAGAGGAGAGGCGGCGAGGAACGUGGGAUGCUGAGCUCAACGAUACCAGACAUGACGCAUCCGCCUCGCCACAGCUUCCUCCAUCUUACAUGCACUCCAUGUUCGCCUCCCUCCACUGCUGCUCGUUGUUCAUCCUGCUAGACUCAAAUGGACAGGAGAGCGCAUCGUCCCGCAGGCGAGACACCCCCCUGGACAAAGAGACCGAGCAGUUUAUCUCGUCAAUAAGACAUCGACAAACGCCAACAGCAACCACGGCAACCGGAUUGAGGAGGCGAGCGAGGACCGGAAACCAAAGACAAGUGUGCUUGGUAGACAGGUAGACGGACCAAAGGAGACCUGAGGACACGGUAUGAGUCUGAGUCACUGACAAGGGGAGACAAGCACGGAGACGUCCCUCAGACUGUUACCAGCUCUUCUGCUCACUUGGGAGGACGGUGUGAAAGUUUAACCCUUCACUCCCACCUCUGAGGAAUUCAGGAACCUUGGAGCUUGAAGAGCCAUUCUAUCAGCUGUCUAGGGUAUUGUGGGACAACUUUUGUUUUUUAUCAAGAAGCCGCUGAGAGGGUCACGCGGGGGUCACCUGACCAAACUGGACCGAUAGGAGGAGCAGAUAAGGAGGAUUUUCGUUCUUUCUCACGCACGCGAGUGUGAAACACUCCCUCAGCCAGGAACAGGAAGUUAAGCUAAGUGAGAACCGUGUGUAAAGGGUAGUUCGGGAUGACUAGUUUCCUUUGCAGGCCACAGGACGUAUAGUUUAAGACGAUAUCUUUUGGACCUUUCCGGACGGCCUGAACUCAAUACUCCCCCAAAGUGUGAACGCAGGAUUUGAACAACCUGUUCUGUAUUUAUAUAUGUGAGCAUCCGUGUGCUUAUGAGAUUAUUUAUUGGUGUCAUCACUGAGUGAGAAGAUAUCUUGCUAAAGUACCACCUGUCCUUGUAUGUGGAUAUACGUUUCUGCAAAUAGCAAUCAGAGACAGCACAAGAACAUCAGCAACAAAAACAACACCUUUAAGUAGUCAACACUGGUCGGACACUGUAAGCUGGACUGUUAACUCAUCCGUAUCCACGGGGAGGGGAGUAAGAGCGGCGGAUUGCGUGACUGCGGCUGAGCUCUUCCCUUCAUAAAGAUACCGGCUGAUAGUAGCUUACACCCAGCGUGGGGCGGGAAUCUCUGAGGACAACAUGGAGGCAACCAUCCGUCCCCACGUCCCCUCCAACGGCUGACUCCGGAGACAGAGCCUAAUCUUCUCCCCCCCCCCUCGCCCAGAACCAGGCAGCGGCGACUAGCGCUGAAUAGAGCCGCAGCCCCUCUCUCCCAUCCACCUCGAAGACAACGCGCGAAUGUCCUGUCUCAGGCGCCAGCCUGUCGCCAUCCCGAUGGACACCGUCAAGAUCAUCCAGUCGGAGAAGUUCCCCCGAGAGUGCCCGGUCCCCGUCACCCAGCCCCGCUUUGCACCGCCCCCCAGAGUGGCGUGGGACGGCGGAGGCGAAGGCGAAAUCAUCGUCAACCAGGCCUGCAGCGACCUGACCCUGGAGAUCACGGGCUCCCCCCGGCAGAUGGCGUCCCCGCCGCCCCCCCCCUUGACGCGCAGGGAGCAGAGCUUCCUGGCGCAGCGCAAAACCAGUGCCAACGAGAUCUGCUACCACCAGUUCCACUACAAGAUGGAGGACGUCAUCGUCAACCAGUACGUGCUGCGCUCCUCCUCCACCUCGUCCUCCACGUCCUCCGCCUCCUCCACGGGGCCCGUCAUGCCCUGCGAGCCCCUGGACUGCCCCACCUGCGGCCACACCUACAACUUUGCGGGCAAGCGUCCGCGCAUCCUCUCCUGCCUGCACUCGGUGUGCGAGGAGUGCCUGCAGAUCCUCUACGAGUCCUGUCCCAAGUACAAGUUCAUCUCCUGUCCCACGUGCAGGCGCGAGACGGUGCUGUUCACGGACUAUGGCCUGGCUGCCCUGGCCAUCAACACCAGCAUCCUGAGCCGCUUGCCCUCCGACCCCAACGGGCCCGUGCAGUGGGGCGGCGAGGCCGACCGCAGCUGCUACCAGACUGUGCGCCAAUACUGCCAGUCAGCCUGCACCUGCCAGAUCGCCAACCCCUUGUCCUCCUGUGGCAUCAUGUAGGGGACAAUGGCAGGCAUAACUGGACACUGCACCCCCCUCGAUCCGCCACACAGACACACACCACCCUCAUCGCUCUUUUCGUCUAUAAGCUCUACCCUCUCUGCCAACCCCCUCUCCUCUCACACACACACACACACAGUAAAUAAAUCCCUCCACAGAUGUUAUCUAUAUAUAUUUAAUAGCACAGAUGGAUGCUAUGUGGGACUAAUGGAUGCCGAUGGUUCAAUAAAUAGUAAAUAUAUGUAUUUUAUGUAUGGACUGGAAUCCUAUUCACCCUCUCUCGUUUGGUUGGACGUGUUUGUCAUUAACAUCUCUUUACAUGGGAAUGCCAGGGGAGGUCUAUCCCCCCAACCUAGGUGAAUAAAGAUUAAGUAAAUGAUAAA